UUUAAGAUUGGCCCAACAUCGAUCCACAGAGACUGAGCCCAACAAUCGUUGUCUGGGGCUCUCCAUCCCAUUUUUGCUCUCUUCCAAAUCUCCACCGUCGCGACCUUCACCGAGAAAAAACCAGAAACUCUAAAGAGCGAAAAAACACAUAUGGCGUAUUCGGGUCUUCUGAAAACCAUAAUCAGAUCAUCGAAUUUGGGAUCUACGACUCGUAAUUUCAGCCUCGUUAGCAGUCAAAUCAGCAAUCAUACUGCCAAAUGGAUGCAGGAUACAAGCAAGAAAUCUCCAAUGGAGUUGAUCAAUGAAGUUCCUCCUAUCAAGGUUGAAGGCAGGAUUGUAGCUUGUGAAGGAGACAGUAAUCCUGCCUUAGGACACCCAAUUGAAUUCAUAUGCCUUGACUUGAAGGAGCCAGCUGUGUGCAAGUAUUGUGGCCUGCGCUAUGUUCAGGAGCAUCAUCACUAGAAGUGUAAUGAUGUUUUUAUCAGGCUCUUGGGGUAAUUGUUAUUGUGCAUUGCCCAUGGCACUUUUUUUCUGUCAAUGUAUUGAUAAAACUCUGCGUUUUUAUUUUCACAUAAUAAGCAUUUAAAGAGUUCUCAUUUGUGAACGUA